GCCCGUACCGUUCGCGCAGAUGUGCAGCAGGCACCGUGCGACUGUAGGGGUCAAAGCAGGCCCAGCGCACGCAGCCUACAGCAAAGCCUCGGUACCCGGGAAGCUCGCAAGAGGUGCGUUCUAGCGAAGUGCGUCGCUCUAUACACGGUUUGUUCGCGCGCGUCCUUUUCAACGGUGAACGAGUGAGUGGAGUAUUUUUUGUUGUUGUAGUUCCAGUCAACUUCGAGCGAAAUAGGUGGGGGUGAGGGUUUUUCGAUCUAGCCACGAUCGAGCUUUACGGCCCCCAAGAUAAGCCUAAUUAAGCGGGGCCCCCACGAUCGAUAAGUGAAUAAUUCGGCACCCGCGCUGUUUUCCGCCCGCCGCUGCUGCUGCUGCCGUUUGUGAUUAUAUUAUUCGCUUCACCAUCGGCAUCGAAGCUGCGUAAAACAAAAGGGAAGAAACAGUGAUUGCUGGGUGCCUGGCCGGGUGUAAGGAAUUACAACAAAUUCUUCCCAACAAAAACCCCCCCGCGGGGAGCAAUCUAGGGAGGCUGUUCUUCUAGUUGCGUGGAUGCUGCUCGCGUGUGUGUGUGUGUGUCUAUUUUUUCGCGUUUUUUCACUCCCCAAAACGGCCCUCGGAGUGUUCAGAGGUUCAGUGAAGCGAAGUUUCGGUAGAGUGUAAAUUAUUGUUGAUGGUAUAAUUAAAGCAAAUAAGUGCUUGAUUAUUAUCCCUUGCCCAAUAAUUCGAUCUUUGUUUUGAGCGCUAGUUGAUGCUACUGGAAAGGCUGCGAAACGAAGGCGAACCGUGUAUGUGUGCGUGUGUUUGUGUGUGUAAUUGUGCCAAGUGAUCGAUUGGAAGUGUGCAGUGUGAGAAGAGGGAAAAGGUCCGCGUUGUGCUGAAAGAAUCAGCUUACUAGUGAUCGCUUUGAGCCCUUUUGUGAGAAACAGGAGGAGACUAAGUCCUCAUCCGCUACCAAUAUCAAUACCAUGCUGCCUCUUCUGCACUGUGCCGUUGAAUGUGUGUGAAAAAAAAUAGCCAAUUGCAAAAAUAAAGUGUGUAAAACAAAGGAAGAUAUAAAUCGGCAAGCCCUGCCCUGGCCGGAUUUUGCGAAUAAAGCUCCUGCCCCAAUCAUAAUGGCAUUUUGCGUUCGAAAGGCUCGCGAACCGUGCUACGGUCCAUUAGCUAAUUAUAAGCAACCGUCAGGGUGGCUGGCGGCAGCGGCACCACCCGCCAGACUGCUGCUGCUGCUGUCGACGAUGCUGCUGAUGUUGCCAGCUGCCCACGCGAUGGGGCUGGCAGCGACAGUGCCGUCGAAGAUCGAACCAGUCCAUCAUCGCUGGACGCGCUCGGAAGCGAUGGACCCGAACGGGCUGUACACGCUCGACUGGCACAUCGACCAGAAGGACAUCGUGUUCACGGCGACCGCCAACACGCGCGGCUUUAUGGGGCUCGGCUUUUCCCACCGGUCGGAGCAUAUGGCCGGGUCGGAUCUGGUGCUGGUGUGGGUCGACGAUCGCACCGGCAAACCGAACGUGCUGGAUUGCCAUGGUUCGAAAGACAAUCAUCACAUGCCGGUACAGGACGAUACGCAAAACUAUCACAUCGAGAGUGGAUUCCAGAACCUAACGCACACUAGCGUUACCUUCCGACGGGCACUCGAAACGUGUGAUCCUCACGAUGUAAUCAUUGGUUCCGAUACGAUGAAGAUCCUGUGGUCGUACGGUGACCGGGACCCGGUAGCCGGCAGUCUAAAGGGGCACAGCGGUAACCGUGGCGCCCGGUCGAUCCACUUUCUUGGUCCAAUGUUUCGCCGACCGGCGGAUGCAUUGCAACGGGACGACCUGCGGCAAUGGGACGUGACGGUGAAGAACGUGUCCAUCGAUACGAGCAUGGAUACGCUGUACUGGUGCAAGAUACUGAAGGCACCGACACUGCGCGAGAAGCAUCACAUCAUCGGUUACGAGGCACUGCUCACCAAGGAAAGCUCCACGAAACAGCCACUGGUUCACCACAUGACACUGUUCGAGUGUUCGACCAACUCGUACCCCGGUUCCGACCCGAACUCCUGGGACGUGUGGGUAAAGAGCAGUGGGGCGGUCUGCAACAGCAAUCUCCUGACGCCCCGCGACUGGGACUCGUGCAUCACACCGGUCGCUACCUGGGGCGUCGGUGCAUCGGGCCAGUUCCUGCCCGAGCACAUCGGCAUCCCGAUCGGGGGCGAUAAGGGCGCGCCGAAAUAUUACAUGCUCGAGGUGCACUACGACAAUCCGCGCGCCAAGCGCGUGCUGGACCAUUCCGGCUUUCGCAUCCACUAUACGCGCCACGUGCGCAAGCAUGACGCCGGCAUGAUGAUAUCCGGCGUGUCCGUGUCCGACACGCAGAUGAUUCCGCCCGGCCAGAAGCUGUACCGCAACGUCGGCAUCUGCGGUCCGUCCUGCACCGGGGCGGUCUUUCCGGCCGAGGGCAUUAACAUCGUGUCGGCCGCACUGCACUCGCACGUGGCGGGCAGAAAGAUGAAGCUGCGGCACGUGCGGGACGGCAAGGAGCUGCCACGGAUCGUGGAGGACGACAACUACAACCAUAACUUCCAGCAGGUCCGCCAGCUGGAAAACGAAACGAGCGUACUGCCGGGAGACUAUCUCAUUACCGAUUGUGCCUACGAGACUGUCGGUCGACGACGGCCCACGCUCGGUGGCUACUCGACCAAGCAGGAGAUGUGCCUGUCGUUCAUCACCUACUAUCCGAAAAUCGAACUAGCCGGCUGCUACAGCAUGACCCCGGUGAAAGAGUUCUUCGAAACUUUCGGCGUGUUUCAGUUCUACGCAAUGAACAUGACCGACGUGGAGAAUCUGUUCUUGUACAAUGGCAACAUACUGGACCUGCUGCCGACGACCGUGUUUCCCAACUUCGCACCCGGCGGUGACGUCGACGACGAGCAGAACCAGCUCGCAAUCAAGGCGCUGCAGAAUGCGAAAGACUACAGCGUCAUCGACGAGGAGGACGUGCUGUACAAGGAAUCGAUACUGAACAAGCUGAUCAUAUCCGAUCCGGUCGAGUUUCACGACCGCACCUUCCUGUCGCACCUGAACCAGCUGCCCUGGUCGGAGCCACUGUUUACGAGGCGCGUCGAGCAGAGCAUCCUGACCGGGAAGCACAUGACGUUCUGCCGCGUUUCGAGCGAUUCUAUUUCUGUGGCGUCGGAAAUAUUUAAGUAUCCCGUCUUUGACACGUUCGUGAAGGCACCGAGCCAAUGCCCGUACCAUCUGUUCAUGGAGUUUGUGGACCACACCUCCGCCGCGACCAAACAGAUGUCCAGCACGAAGCUGCUCGUGCUCUUCCUAUUAAUACUGUAUCGACGGUUUUGUACGGGCGACUACCACUAGCACUACCAUCCACCAUCCAUCACCAACGACUUGGGGGUGAAAGUUGUGUUUCGUGGAAAAUCUGACUCCCUGCGACUUCUGACGGGAAAUCGCUCUCAACGAAGAGCAGAGGGGGUUGCUUGUUGAAUGCGGUCCCGCGACCGGCACACUGUUACUUAUACUUACUUUUAUUUAUUGCACUACCUUUCAAAGCGCUUAUUGGGGUGAUUAGAUUCUUCCCCCUUACCGCUCUCUCUCUCUCUCUCUUUCUCUCUGCACAACAGAGCGAACGGAGGGAAAGUAUAAAUCAAGGCGUCCAAAAUUGCGCUCCCUCUGUCCUCGGGUCGGUCACCAAGUUCUACCCGCAUUUUCCCACAUUCUGCCGCAAGAGUGUAGUUUUAGCAAGCUCGACUACCAUAAUUUUCUCUAAUUUAUUUACUUAGCUCUAUUGUGUGAUGGGCGUUAUUAUGCUAUCGUUAGUAUUAUUCCGCUGCUUUCUAACCCAGACACAUUGGUCUGCUGCUAUCGAAAACGUUUCGGCUGUAAGGGGAAAAUCUCAAGCGCGAAACUAAUCUCGAGCGAUGAAAGUCAUUUCGCUAUAGGCUUCUGGCGACGGGGGCCAACCAUUGAUUGAAUGUUGGGCGAUUAAACUGAACGAACCUGUUUCUCUGAACAGCAAACAAUAAGGUUGAUUUACGCAUUCUUUGGACCCGCAAAAAAGCAGCUUCAAUGUAAGUCGUUGGCCAGACAUCCAGGGGCCAGUUCUUUCCUAAUGCAAAAAAGAGUCUUCAUGUAUAGUCCCGGGAAGAGAUAAUAGAAAGACGUUUGUACAUUUUAAAACACCUGCCCAUUCAGCAAAAGAAAGUAAACAGGCUCCCUUAAGAUUAGAAAGGUUAAGAUCCUUUUUGGUUAAGGUUGGCUCAAGUUAGACGAAUUGAGCAGUGCGGGCCAGGACGGGAUUAGAAAUGCCAAAGUUUAAAAUCGUCAUCACAAUCGCUCUCACGCAAAACAGGGCAAAAGCUCGAUACGUUAGCAAAGGUUGUUAAGCUAGACAGUAGUGUGUCUUUCGAUAUGUUUCUCGACAGAUACUCACCGAGUGAGAAGCUGCCGAUCGUUAGGUGUAUCGUUAGGUAUUCAUUAGAGCGCGCACGUACACACCUGCUACGAAGGUACGAUAGGUGGGAAGGCGGCGCAUAGGUAAAAGACAAGCGGCCACGAAUAGGCAGGACUUUAAUGUUACUACUUAAUGGAUCAGUAGUGCGAUACUGAAGCUAGUUCCAACCACAAUGCGUACAAGCUAUUGUAAGAUAAACGAUGUAGUAAUGUUUACAGUUUUAAGACCCGAACUCAAAUGUAGUGUAGCUGUGGUAAAAAAUUAAGAAACUCGAUGUAAAAUAAAGCUAAAAAUCAAAAA